GUCGAUUUGCCUUCUCAGAAUCUAGCCCAAAUGUUUUUUCUUAACCAAAAAAAAAUCUAUAAAAGAAUCCACAUAUUCCAUUACUCUCUCACUCUUCUUCUUCAACCUAUCUCAUUAACAGCAUAGAAAUGGAGACAGAUAACAAAACUCAAAGACAAGCCGUCUCCUACCACUCUUCUCUCCGUUCAGGUGCCACUUUGCUCUCACGCCGACUGUUCCCUUCUUGCCGCACAUUCAUCCUCCGCCAACCAAGAUCUGAUCCCGAUAUUGCGACUCAACUUGACCGCAUGCUCACAAUAAUAGAUGUUUUAGAGGCUGCAUCACUCCGAGUCGGUCCCGGCAACAACCUUCCCGAUCACUAUGCCGUCCUCCAACUCAAACCCUCCGACACCAACACCAGAAACCGUGAUUUUGUGCGGCAGCGUUUCAAGAAGCUUGUUCGCCAGCUUGACCCAAACAAAAACAAGUUUCCUUUAACGGAAGAAGCUCUGAUGCGAGUCCGUGAAGCCUGGCAAAUUCUCUCUGACCCGGUUCAAUUAGCCCGGUACGAACAUGAGAUUAGAGGAGAGGCUGAGGUUGAGGUUGUUUCGCCAGCUUCGUUUUGGACUAUGUGUCCUUAUUGCUGGUACUUGCAUGAGUAUGAGAAGAAAUACCAAGAUUGUACCCUUCGGUGUGGUAACUGUCAGAGGACAUUUCACGGAGCUCCGGUGAAGCCGCCGGAGCCGGAGUCGAUGGUGGAGGGGAAAGAACAGUACUAUUGCUAUCACAUGAGUUUGCCCUUAAGGUAUCCUGUGGAUGAAAAUUGUAGUUUUGAAUUUGGGGGUAAUGCGGGUAGGAAGAUGAGGAUAAAAACUGUGGCUAAUAGGUCUAGAGUGAAAGGGUUUGUUGUUCCCGAUAGUGAAUCUGAAUCGGAUCCUGAAAUGGAAGUGGAGCUGUGAAAACCCUAAUUUCUAGCCUAGUUUGGGAAAUGGGAACUUGGUGUGUGUUUUUGUGUUCUGGAAAAAGAGGCAUGGCUUUGCUUGUGUGAUAGAGAUUUUAGCAAAAGCAUUGCCUUUCUAACUUGUUGUAAUCUGUAUAUAAUUUAUGUUUCACUUAAGGUUGCAA